UAAAGAACGUGAAAUCAAAUUGAGAGCCCCGCUGUUAUUGGCGUUGUUUGAAAAUCUCAAAACCAAGAACAUUCGAACGCAGUCUCUUGUCUCAUUAAGAUGAAAUUCUUUUUAACAAUUAUCACCAUUUCAAUUUUUGCCAGUUUGGUAACAUCUGAUGAUACGACAAUUACAACAACGCCGCUGCCGCCAGCGCCAGCGUCCCCGGAAAGUCAACAGAGCCGAAUAAGAGACAGUCGCAAUCAUUUUGACGAAUGCAUUAAGGAGCUCAAUAUUCCCGAUUCUGAAAUUAAAUACUACAAUACACCCAAUUUACCUGAAGACACACCAAUAGGCAAUUGCCUGGUAAAAUGCGUUAUGGAGAAGGAAGGAUUUUUUGAAACUGACACCGGAUUUCAAGUCGAAAAAUUAUAUAAGGAAUCGAUGUUUUCCCGUAUUUUUCGCGAUGAUUUAUCUGGUCAAUUUCUUGAAAUGAUCAAAGAGUGUGUUCAAAGUGCGGAUGAAAAUCAAAAUGUAUGUAAACGUGCUUAUUUAGGGUUUAAGUGUCUCAAAGAUAAGAAUGAACAGUUUUCGAGAGAAAUACAAAAAAAUAAAUUGAAUUGAUGUUGAGAUCAAAGAUUAAUCUGUGUCGUAGAUGAGUCGUUUAAUAUUUACAUAAAUAAAUAAAUACGAGACAAUUUAA